AUGCAAUGGCAGUCAAUAAGAGGCCAGCUUCUUCGGGUGGUUGCCGAGAUUGUCACAGACUGGUGUAACAUCAACUUCUCAGUCUGCUGUCCAAACCAGGGAGACAAGAACAGUGAAGAAAUCCUCGAUUACGUGAAUGAGACCGACAUCGCCAUCGCAGUCGGCUAUCCCGAAGAAACCACGGCCUCUGGGUCGAGCGACCAAUCGUUCUCCGUUAUGCUUCUGGUCACGCCCCCUCUAUCGACGGAGCUGUGUAAUUCGGGAUCACUCAGCAGACGUCGACGGAGCGUAAGGUUGACUUUGUCAAAUAUUCAAAAGAGAUCAAGUGAAACUGAAGUCUCCUAUCUGAAUCAGGAAGCCUUGUAUACCGCAGUCACAGAAAAUCUCGACACCAUUGAACUCGAACUCAAUAUGACCAUCGAGGAAAUCGUUAUGGGAGAGGUCGAGAGUGCUCCGUCCGAAUUGUCUGCCGCGGUCAUCGUCGGGAUCGUCGUGGCUUCCGUCGUCGUUUCCAUUACCAUUAUCAUUGGUGCCUUCAUUUGCAUACAGAAAAGCACAACUGCAACCAAAGUCCGUCCAAUAUCGUCCAGUUGGAAACCGGCAGUGAUAAAAUAAAUCUUUUUAACAACGGCGUUGAUGUGAUUUUAAUUAUAUAUUUUAUCUUACACUGAUCUUCCGUCCAUCCAUGGCAUUUGUUCUCUGCUGACAAGAACAUUUUGUAUUCACAGUGUGGUUUUACCACAGAACAGUUAUCAACAUGAUCAAGGAAUGCUUGAUUUUAAGCAUCAAAUAAUGAUGCGUCUUGUAUACUCUGUAGAAAUUCAAUAUUUCUUCUUGUUCUCCUGGUUUACCCCCUUAUACGUUCUUUCAUUUUCCUAAUGUUUCUCUUUUUUUAUACACUUAUUAUUUGGGAUGUUAUAUUUUCUUUAUAUUUUUAAUAUCAUUU